ACAUCAUAUCGUUUUAAACUAUCAAAGUGUAUUCAUUCCGGUUUGGUUCGUUUUGUGUAAAAAAAAGAAAUUAUAAAAUAUGAUGUACAGAUUAAUGUUACUUGUGCUUUUCUAUCAUGUGUUUUGCUCCAUUGCAGAAGAAACAAACAUUUAUAGUAUGCCAUUAAUUAGACGGAAAUCCCCAUUGCAAAUGUUAAUUAAAGAUCCCCAUUAUACCAGGAAAUUAAAUAUUCAAAAAACGCAUCCGACGAAUGAAAAUAUCACACUAUUCAAAUAUAUGGACAGUGAAUAUUACGCGGAAAUAUUAGUGGGAAAACCUGGACAGAAAUUUUUAGUGAUUUUUGACACAACUUGGAGUGAUAUGUGGAUACCGUCAAAACUAUGUUCAGAAAAAAUAUAUCCGAUCUGCAGUAAGAAACAUUUGUAUGAUCAGGAUGUUUCGUCAACACACAAAUUAAUAGAUCCAACACCGUUUAAUGUGGAUGGAUUAGUUGGGAAUUUAACGUGCGAUACAGUUAGAUUGGGUCAUUUAAAUGUUACUGAUUUGAUAUUUGCUGAAAUCACUGGUAUACCAAACUUAUCGCAAUAUCAAUUCAUGCACGCCGAUGGAGUAAUUGGUUUAGGAUACAACACCAAUGCUAGAACGACAAACAAUACAUUUUUUUACAAAUUACUGGAUGAUAAAAAAAUUGUAAAUCCAAUUUUUUCAGUAUACAUGAAUCGGGAUCCUACAACACCAAAAGGAGGAACAAUAUUUCUUGGUGGAAUUGAACGAAAACAUAUUAGUGGUGAAAUAACCUAUGUCCCUGUAUUACAAAAAAAGCAUUGGCAAAUUGAAAUGAAUCAGUUUUCAAUACAGAUAAACAAAACAAAUUCAAAGACAUUUUGUGAUCAAGGAUGCCAAGUGAUAUUGGAUACGGGUUCUAACACAAUUGGCGUGCCUGCUGAAUACGUUACUGCCAUAAAUACUUUUGUUAAAGCCACUUUAUAUUUAUAUAACAGAUACGAGGUACCAUGUUCAUUAGUGAAUAAGUUGCCAAAAAUCACUAUCAACAUAGGUUCUCGAGAUUUUGUUAUUAGUGGAAGACAUUACAUCCAAAAAAUGGAAAAUGAACAAAAUGGAACGAUUUGCAUAACAGCGUUUUGUGAUUCAGGAUUAGAAGAUGGAGUUUGGUCAUUAGGAGGUGGAUUUUUGUCUAGCGUUUACACUACAUUUGAUUUGGAAAACAAUAGAGUCGGAUUUGCCAAUUUAAAAUAGAAUAAAUAAAAUUUAUAAAUAUUAAAAUUACAUUAAUCUUAAUUAUAAAGUAACUAUA